AUGUCUCUCAAACCUGCGCCCGGUGAUGAUAAACAUGCUUCUUCCGCUCUAUCCGCCACCCGCACUGAAAGCGGUGAAACGUACAUCUUCUACUUUGAUUCCAAGAACAAGAUUUGCUACCUGAAGGGCUCAGGCACCGGCUCCUACGCAGAGUACUCGGUAUCCAUGAAAAAUGACGGAGUGUCCACUGCCGCUGUUGGCGACACUCGUACCCUGACCUCGACUCUCUUUGACCAAGAGCAGGCAAGUCUCCCCCUGGUUUGCGAACAGGUUCACGUCUACUAUGUGCAAAAUGACUAUAUCAAAGCUGCCUGGUGGCACGUGCAUGACGGUGAAUGGAGGACUGGUCUCAUCAACGCGAAAGGGUACAAGGUGACACGGGGCACUGGAAUUUCUUCUCUUGGACAGCAGGAGCUCCAUGGCAAGCCUGGCCAACAUCGCCUCGAGGUGUAUUUCAAUGACCAGGACAACGAGGACAAGUUUUCUGUGGCAUACUUUAAAGACAAGGAAUGGCACAAGGCGGUUGUCGAGGUGUAA